UGUAUUCUGGAAAAGCCUGUAGCAAAAGUGUCGUUGAACCAAGAUCCUGGUUUCCAUGCUCGUGUGUCGGUCGAGCAGUAAAUUCGAGUUAAGGACGUCGGCUCGAGUUCGGCUUUGGUUGUGGUAUCGUCGUUCAAACCGUCUCUCCCAUCUUCGUACAGUUCGGGGCAAUGCACAUGAGCCACUCGGGUGCAUUGUAUCUCGCGUGCCAUAACUGUCGCUCUGGGAGCGGGUGGAUGUUGUAGAACUAGAGAGUAGCAGUGGAGCAGGCUAAGAGAAGAGAGAGAGAGAUAUUGAGAGAAUAGUAGAUGUGGCAUCGUUCGAGAGAGAGUAGCAAUUGGAGAUGGCCCAGGUAAGCACAUAGGGAGCAGCAUCACACCACAAGGCCAAGUGGAUUCACGCGCCAACCAUGCGUACCAGAUAGGAGGCCGUUAUGUACCGUCAACCGCGUGCGCCAGCUCGCGUGACCAAACCCAUACGCCCAAACAAACCACCAUCUCCACAUCCGGCUGGAUCUGAUAGCACUCAGCAAACGCAGAUACGCUUCUAGGAAUCUAGUUAGUUCGUACCCUUGGCCCCUUUCAACCCCUUCACUCAGCUCCGAUUCUCGUAUAACGCUCGCUCUCGCCUCCGCAGUUACGACAUAUGGCCUAUUCGGUUUGCUCGGGGGGCUGUUGCUGCUGCUUUCCUCCUCAUUCCAGUCUUGAUCAUUAGCGCUUGCCUUGUCUCUUCACAUUUCCGUUAACCUCCGUGCCUCUCCUGUUCCUCCCAUCGUGGCUUGUUAUAUAUGAUCAGAGAUGCAAGGAGAACCAGUCUAUGACCGGAGAGUAGUUUGCAUCAACGUGUUUCCGAGGCUGGAGGAACAACAGCGAGACACGCCGAGUACUACAUCGCGACAUGUUUAAUUUCGAUCGUGAAAUAUGUCACCAGAUAGUCAUUGGUUUUGUGUGCAAUCUGUUGAUCAUCGACUGUGGUCUUCACGAGGGAUGGAGUACGACGAUGUUGCCAAAAUUCGACGGUGAAGAUCCGACCAUCACCCUGGACGCGGACCAGGGUGUACUCGUGAUAAACUUGAUGUACGUUGGUGUUGGAAUCGGUUCGUUGGCUCCGAUACUAAUGAUGGAUCGAAUAGGGAGAAAGUGGACUCUUCUAUUCGCCUCUUUGCCCAAAGUUUUCAGUUGGCUGGGUAUAGCCUUCGCGAAGGAUUACGGAUUUCUGUAUUUGGCGAGACUGCUCGCCGGCAUCGGUUGUGGCAUAACGUAUUCGGUGAUGCCGAUGUACCUGGGGGAAAUAAGCAGCAAGAGGACUCGUGGCCCGCUGGGUACUCUCAUAGCCGUUCUCAUAAACACUGGAAUAUUGUUGAUCUACGCGAUCGGUCUUUACGUAUCGCGUUUUACAAUGGCGAUGAUAGCGCUCGUCGUCCCAAUCGUGUUCGUCGUAACUUUUAUCUGGCUCCCCGAAACCUCGGUAUUUUUAACGCGGAAAAACCGUUUGACCGGAGCCGAGAGGACGCUCAAGUGGUCACUGGGCAAGGACAAUGUCGAGGCUGAAUUGGACGAGAUCAAGAGGAUCGUUGCCACCGAGGACGAGAGCAACGGUCAAUUAAGUUUCUUAAGUUCGUUGCGCGAAGCUGGUCGAACGGCCGGGAACCGACGAGCUUUUGGCAUCGCAAUGAUCGUUCUAAGCUGCUUGACACUUACCGGCGCCGCGCCGGUACUCGCCUAUCAAGCGUACAUCUUUCAAGAGGCUGGCUUUGUCAUCGGCUCCAACAUCAGUAUAGUAACAACCGGAUGCGCCAUUGUACUCGCUGGCAUAACCUGUGUCAGCCUCGUACGAAGCGUUGGUAAACGUACCCUUCUCCUUUUCUCCGCGCCCCUCUGUGUACUCGCUCUCGGCACUAUCGCCACUUACUUCACCAUCGUCGCAAUUGGAGUUGACGCAGCCUCCUUCAAUUGGAUUCCCACUGUCUUUGUCGUCAUUUACGUCGUCGUGUACGGACUCGCGCUCAAUCCCAUUCCGCUCGCUUACGUCGGCGAAAUAUUUGCAUUCGAGGUCAAAGUUCCGGCCGCUAUAUUUUGCUCUCUUUAUUACGCUAUCACGACCACGGCUACAGUCAAAUUUUAUCAGGUAAUGGCCGAUAACUACGGCACCCAUGCACCCUUCUGGGCCUUCACUCUGAUAACACUAAUCCUUUGGAGACUCAUAUACCUAUACGUGCCCGAGACUGAGGGAAAGAGCUUGGAGGAGAUUCAGAAUACUUUACAUAGAAGAACCAACGCUCGGGGCGAUAAGCAAGAAAAAGAGAAAACUACUUGCUAGCUUUGUAAAUCAUAUCAGCAUUUCCCCACUGGCUCUCUUCGCUGCGCGCCAAUAUCUUCAAAAUUUUAUUCUUUAUUUUUACCCCGAUACGUAUAAUUAUUUUUGUAAUGAGCGUUUUUCACUGACGAUGCCUCACCGUUGGAGCACACUUCCCUGUGCACAGCAAUAUGUUAUCUUCAUACUUUUAUUCUUUAUAUUCACGCCAAUAUUUAGGUAACUACGACAUAAUUAUUUUUGUGUAAUAAAUGUUUUUCCAAAAUCA